AUGAGUACGGAAACUGCGCUAAUCUGCUUCCGUGGCUGCUGGCUUUUCUUUCUGGAGAGGAGGGGCUUGGACUUCGUCCAAACGAAAAAUAAAACCGAGAACAACGGACGUAACGAAGGGGUUAAAAUACUGUUCACAAAUACCUCGAACAAAGACACAGUCGUCCCAAUUAAGAAAAAAAUGGACUCGAGAGAUCUUAAGUCUGGAGGAGAUGUUGUAGAUGCUAAUCCUGUUAUCCUGAAAGAAACCAUUGAGCAGCCCCAAGGUGAAGACAUGCAGGUGGAUGCCAAGCCAGACCAUGCACAUCCCUACAGAUAUAACAUGAACUAUCCAAGCAUCGGCCAGUGUAUUAUAAUUAACAACAAGAACUUUGAUAAAAAGACCGGAAUGAAUAUUCGAAAUGGAACAGACGUGGAUGCGGGAAAUCUCUUGAAAAGCUUCAAAAUGCAGGGUUAUAAAGUCAAGGUUUUCAAUGACCAGACCUGCAGGCAGAUAGAGCAAUGUUUACAAUCGAUUGCCCGGGAAGACCACAGCAAAGAGGCCUCUUUUGUGUGUGCACUGCUGAGCCAUGGAGAUGAAGGGGUGCUUUACGGAACGGACGGCUGUAUCGAAAUUAAAAGACUGACCAGCCUUUUCAAGGGAGACCGCUGCAAGACACUGGUUGGCAAGCCAAAAUUGUUUUUCAUACAGGCUUGUAGAGGAACAGAGCUAGACGGAGGUAUUGAAGCAGACAGUAUUGAAAGUGACAGCUCUCCCCAGAAGAUCCCUGUGGAGGCUGAUUUCUUGUACGCGUACUCCACUGUUUCAGGUUACUAUUCCUGGAGGAACACUGUGAGUGGCUCCUGGUUCAUCCAGUCCCUGUGUGAUAUGCUCAGCAAGUACGGCAGAGAGCUGGAGCUCAUGCAAAUCCUUACACGGGUCAACCACAAGGUGGCACUGGAAUUUGAGUCAAGCUCAACCAUUGCAGGCUUCAAUUACAAAAAGCAGAUUCCAUGCAUCGUCUCUAUGCUAACUAAAGAAGUGCAUUUCUCACAUUGAUUAUUUUGUGAUCUCCUCUUUGCGGUUUUGAAUAGAUUGUAUAAAACUUAAACAUGCAGAGGUUUGUUUUUGUAACAAGAACAUUUGAAAACCUUAUGAAGACAACCAAAAGAGUACAUUAACUGGGAACAAUAACAGUAUCUAUACCAGCAGGUUCUCACUGUUAAACGGUGAAAAUGCAAUUUUAACCACUGAAUAGAUAAGCGAUGCAAAUGUAUUAUAAACAGAUAUUAAAAGUAGGGAAUUUUAAUCGUCCAAAGCCUCGGUUUAUAAGGUGAGCACAGAGAUCUAUGCUGAUAUGUUUGUGCUAACUUCUCAACCCUUCGAAAUUUGUCUUCCCACUUGUUCUUAAUCAACACCCACCAAGAGGAUGACAAAAGUCAUUGUUCUCUAUAAAAAAAAAAAAAUACAAACUUGAAUUACUUUCAUUAUUUUCACUUGUGCUGUAGUCUUUACUAUGGUUUGUAAAUCAAGACCUAUAAUGAGUUGUUAUCAUCUGCAAUAAAUUCACAGAUGUUUAAUUUUUAAA